AUGUCCAAAAAAAUCCAGCCAAGUAAAUCCGCUAUGCUGGCGAUAAAUAAAUACUUUAAACCGGUUCAAACAAAUUUUCAGGCUAGCUGAAACCCAAAGGAUAAACAGCAUAACUCAAAAAGCGACUCAAAUUUAAAUAGACAAUGCAUUAGGGCUACUGGCCCAAACGCAGGAGAGAAAAAACCGAAGCCGAAGUCAGAAAAGCUGACUUUAGAUAAGCUGUUGCGAAUAGCUGCAGAAAAUUCUGAAAAAAAGCAUGAAGCGCCUGAAGUAAAAAGAACGCCGAGACCUGAAACUACUUCAUCAGGCUUUCAAACUACACUAUUUUUAUCAAAUUUAUUCCCGAAACCCCUUGAAACUCACGAGAUUACUUCAUCCCCGAGGAAUCGGUUUGUUAGAACUACUUAUUCUUCAGUUAAAACACACAUUCCAUCUCCAACCUUGCCACCUACUACAAUGUCACAGAGAAAAAUUGACGAAAAUACUUUGAAAAUCUUAUCAGAAGAAGACCAUGAAUGAAUAAAACAACGACUAAUAAAAAAAAGAAAAAGGCUGAUUGUACCAAUUUACAUAAUUAAAUAUGGUGUCUCAACUUGAGUCUGGCCUCUCGGCCAGACAGUUUCGAGCCCUAUUUAAUUAUAUCCGGCAAGGUUUUGCCUAGCUAGAGAUGGACAGCAAUAUCAGGUAAGCAAUUCUGGCAGUGUGCAGAGCCUGAUCCUAGUCUGUUCUCAGGUUAGGAUUUUACCUCGAAGGAAAAGGAGGCUUGGAGUUGGAAAGGGGAAGCCCAGCAGUGCCUACAGGUAAUUCCUAGGCCAUUCGGGCAAGUCCCUAGCGAGAAACCGGGAGUUUCGCCCCGGGCUGCAAGUUUUCCUUUUUGCCGAAAGUCGGCCAGAAAUUCCAUUUUUUUUGGAAUUUCCUAGCAGGCAACCUUCGUUACAGAGAAAGUAGCUCAUUCAUGAGCCGUCGAAGCCGGAACAUCGCGCAGGAGGCGCACGUUGGAGAUCAAAGCCAGCUGUCCCAGCAACUGGUGGGCCCCGAGCGACGAGAGCGUGGUGGUAGUCCUGGAAGAGCAACCCCGUAGGAGACGUUAAACGUCAUGGUUAAUAAGUUAAGUUAAGAUUGUACCAAUUUGCAAUGAUUAGAAGCAUCUCUACUGGCUAUUUAUUAUAAAAGAAGAAAAAAAAGAAGCUAACCACUAGAGAAAUUCUAAUCACUAUACAUAGAUAUAAAGAUCUUAACUCUAAAGCAGAAGCAAAUAUAGAAAAACUCAAUAGAAUAGGGAUUUUUUCACAAGAUGUCAAUACUUUAAGGGAAAAUUCGCUUGUUAAUGUGAAAUUAAGACUGGAGCUGAAGCAUGCUGCAAGGAAAUUGUUUAGAGAUGCAAUUAAUAAUAAGCAUAGAGGGCUUCUUAGGACAGCUAGUAUCUCUACAAUUAAUUCGGCAAGAAAUGAAAUGAAUGAUAAAGAAACUGACAGGAAAUCAAAGUUUUUAAAGUAUCUUGAAAAGAAUUUGGUUAAUUCUACUAUAAAUACUGAACAAAUUACAAAAAGGAUCAAAGCGGGGGAGGAGGAAAAAAAGCCUGAGCAGGUUGAUAUUGAAAGCUUCCAAAAAAAUCUGAAUUGGUUAGCAACUGAAGGAUUGAAAGACUACCAAAUCCCGAUUACAUUGAAAAUUCAGUAA